AUGGUGAGCUACGAUGAUGUCCGUGAUCAUGUGGCAUCUCUGUUCAUCAUGCUGAACAAGAAAACUGUUAUCUUGUUUCGCAUCGAGUUCCUGGUGGUCCUCGCCACACUGCUCUUCUUCGCCAUGUUCCUCAUGGAUUUCUUUCGCCGCAUGAUCCACAACUCGUUCAUGAGGGCCGUCUUCAGCGUCUUCGACGCCGUCUCCGACUCCAUUGUCCUGUACCUCCUGGGGGCCAUGCAAACGGCGCCUUUCAAGAAUCAGCUCUUCCCGGUGUGGGCUCUUAUGCUUGUCAAUUUCCGGUACAGUGCAGAUUACAUCUCCGGGUAUGGUGUUCCUGACCGCAGGGGGCGAAGGUUCACUGAGUGGAGGAACGUGUUCAAGCUCUUGGGAUCGGCGUUCCUGAAUUGGACGCGUGGAUCCAGAUUCACAGGUCCACUAUGGUCCGUCUGGUGUCUGCAGAUAGUGAGGAGUGCCUACAGAUUCUUCUCACAUAAACUGGCACUCGGCUCCUUCUGGCAUGGCCGGAGUUCGCAGCUUGUUGCAGAACACAUGCGUGCCAGAUAUGAUGAUAGUACGAGCAACUCGCGAGUAGUGCCUGACCCAGUGACGAUGGAAGGCUACAACUACUUGGUGUAUGGAGAAGAAAGUCAUGGUUUCCAAGUAAAGAAGCCUAUGUAUGCAUUUUCUGCCGACACUAAUACUUACAGCAGCACCAGGUCGUCAACACUGGUCACGCUGGACAAGGUCUGGCUAUAUUUUGGCGAUACACCUACCCAGAAGACCGACCUAAAGGAUCUCCCUCUGGCCUUCGCCUUGUCCAGGCUGCUGCGGUGCCGGCUUGAGGAUGUGACACUGCAUCCAUGUAUCUUUAAAGUAAACCGAGAGCUGGUCAAGAGCAUAAUUGGUGGGAAGGUGGGUGCCAGCGAUGCCCUCAGGAUCAUGGAGCUGCAGCUUGCCUUCGUCCACGACUAUUUCAACACCCGCCACCCCAUGGUGUUCUGGUCUGGGCUGCUAUCUCUCUUCGUCACCCUGUUUCUGUCCAUGCUGACCAUUGCUGCUGUCUGCUGGCUCGCUAUGGAUAUCCGUAGGGUCUAUAAGCCCCCAAACGGCGGGCUUGCUAAUAUGGUGAAGGGUUUUAAUAUCGACAUGAUCAUCACAUGGGCAUUCAUUUUAUUGAUGAUUGCCAAGGAGGUUUGGGAGAUGGUGACAUACUUACUCUCGGACUGGACACGCUUAAUCCUGGCGUGUGAGUAUGUGCAGAUGAGGUGGCAGGGGAACAAGUUUACAUGUCUGUAUCAGAUGCUAUUUUCGAUUUCCAGACGUAAAAUUACUGAUAAGAGGUGGCAUGGUUUCAUUGACCAGUAUUUCUUCAUGCAGUCGUAUGAUGACAGACCAAGACUUUGGAAUUUUGUUCACAACCUAACUACAGGAAUAAUUCCAAAGAAAGAUGAUGGGGCAAAGCUCAACUGUGCCAUCAAAGUUCCAGAGUUUGUCAAGAAGGCAGUUCUAGAGAAGCUCAGCACAAUUGUAGAGGAAGAACAAGGUUGUAGUCUGCCUAGGGUCAUCAAGACAUUGUCCAACAGUAACCUUAGGAAGCAGUUGCAGAACUACAAGGCUUACAGUGCACGACCGACGAGCACCCAGAUCCUCCUGCCAACAAGCUCUCACAUCAUUCUCAUGUGGCACAUUGCCACCAGCCUCUGCGAGAUGGAGCUUGCGACAAAACACGGCGUCAACUUGAGCAACCCUGGGUUUCCGUGUUCCCUCUUGUCUUGGUUGACUUCUUGCUGCUCAUCCAAACCGUAUCUUAUGGAUUUGGGUGAGAAGGAAGAUGACAUCUUGUCAUGGUUAACAAACUGCUGCUCAUCCAAGUCAAGUGAGAAUUUGCCUGAUGAGCUCCGGGAAUCAUACACCGUUGCGAAUAGCUUAUCGCGGUACUGUGCAUAUCUGGUGGUUGCAAAGCCAGACCUGAUCCCUGACAGCUUUCUUGUUCCCAAGAUAGUCAUCCAAAAAACUGUCCAGAGUGCUCGUGAUCGCUUUCUGAAAAACUGUGAUUCAUUAGAGAGCAGGCACAGAAAACUGAAAAACAAAGCAGAAAAACCUGUCAAAGACUCUGAAAAGGAAGAUGUAUUGAAACAAGGUGCCGUGCUGGGUAAGGAACUUCUCAAUCUUCCAACUGAUGAAGCUCGCUGGAAGAUCCUGGCAGGGGUAUGGACAGAGUUACUUAUACACAUUGCGCCCACGUGGAAUGCACAGGCACACAGGAAGUGUCUUUCUGGAGGGGAGUUCAUAACCCACAUCUGGGCAUUGCUUUGGCACUAUGGCAUCCAGAAUAGUAGCCUGUGGCCAAAUGAAGUUGCGACAGGAAACAAUGCUCCUGCAAUGCCUCAGAAUAAUGGUGUCGGAAAUGAACACAAUAUGGACGAGACAGGGCAAGCUUGUGCAGGCAUAAGCAACAACCAGAUUGAAAUUAAUGUUCAUGGACGGGAUGAGAUCAAGGGUGCACAAGAGCAUGAGACACGAAACUCAAGUAGAGGAUCAAGAAGAAUGGAGGAAACAGAGAGUAUAGAAAUCGAGGAGGGGAAUCAGGAUGCGAUAGUGGAGGACACAAAAAUUCAGAGAGGAAUGGCUGGCUGGCCAAACACAAAACAAGAGUGAAGCGAAGAAGGUUGAAGACAUAGUUCCAGAGCAGCACAACAUGACCUGAAGGGCGUGUCUGAAUUAUGCGAUCAUAAGUUCUGCAACAAGAUCGCAAACCUGCAAAGAGGAUCUGUUGAUCUUCUAUCUGGGGACCUGAUUUGUUCAUA